AUGCAACGAUCCGAACCCACAGAGCAUCCUGCAUCUCAGAUUGUAAAUCCUUCAGCCAGCGGCUUCUGGAGUGAGGUCUACCUGGAAUGGCACAACCACAACCCCCGCGCCCACAGCCCCAACCUUCAGCCUUGGGCCUGCUCCGACUCCCGCCCCUGCCACAACUCCCGCAGCCUCGACCUUCAGCUUCGGGCCUGCACCUACCCCCGCUCCUGCAGUAGCGACCACCAGCUUCAGCUUCGGGCCUGCACCGACUCCCGCUACUUCCGCGGCCUCGACCACCAGCUUCAGCUUCGGGCCUGCACCGACAGCCGCUCCUACUACCGCGACUCCUCCCCAGAGAGGAUUCAGCUUCGGGCCUGCUCCGACUCCCGCGGCCUCGACCUUCAGCUUCGGGCCUGCACCCACCCCUGCUCCUGCACCGCACGGGUCAACGACGACCUGCUUCACCCUGUCACCCACACCGACGACCAGAUCCACUGCAUCACGGCCCAUCCCGACUACAGUAUGGCGUCUCUCGAGGAGCUUCGCUGGCAAGCCUACGCGAUGCCUUGCUCGGGCUCUGCGUCGACCACUGAGCAGUUGGAGGAGCCAGUGGCGAGCUUGCAGAAUGCGAUGAAAACCCUGCUGGCCGACCCCACGUUUGCCGACGUCACUUUCGAGGUCGACGGGGAAGAAGUCCGCGCGCACCGCAGCAUUCUGUCCGCGCGCAGCCCCACCUUCAAAGCCAUGUUCACCAGCGGCCUUUCGGAGAGCGCAGAGGGCGCGGUCAUCAAAUUGGACUGCAACAAGCGCAUCUUCGAAGACGUGCUAAAGUACAUCUACACGGAACAAGUAACACUUACCGAUGUGGACACGGCUAUCGAGAUGCUGGGCAGGGCCGAGGAGUACUUCCUCCCCGGUCUGAAGAAGGAGUGCGAGAGCAUCCUCCUCAAACAGUACCUCACCGAAGACACAGCUACGAGCCUCAUGGUCGUGGCCGACAUGUAUCGGACUCCAGCGCUCAAGAAAGCGUGUGUCGAUUUCAUUCUGCGCAACUCGCGGUCGGUUAACGUGGCCGAGCUGGAUAAGGCCAUGCUCGCCGAGCUCCUGGUGACUGCGUGCUCCAUCACGGCCCCGGCCCCCACCGUCCCCCGCACGACCGGCCCCUUUGCUGCGUGGGGCACCACGACCUUGGCCACCACGCCCACUCCUCCCGCGUUCGGCUGA